GGUACCUGACUUCCCGGAACGAUGUAAAAUUUAUAGGUUAUGAUUCAAGGACUUUUUGGAAUCUUUAAAAAUUACAAAACUUUCUUCAUAUUGUACGAUGUCACCCGUUUCGCACACCAACACAUACAGUUCCAAAAUGGCAGCGGCUACGGACGAACUGAUUCUCUUGGAGAGGGUUUUUCUCCGCCUGGGAUCUGCGGAGACGGAUGAGCAGCUACAAGCAUCAGUUUGCAAAUUUCUGCCUCCUGUUUUACUGAAGCUUUCGAGCACUCAAGAAGGUGUUCGAAAGAAAGUGAUGGAACUGCUUAUCCACAUCAACAAAAGAGUGAGAAGUCGACCUCAGGUUCAACUCCCAGUGGAAGCUCUUUUACUCCAGUACCAGGAUCCUGUAGCUAGUUCCUUUGUAAUUAAUUUUACUAUUAUAUACAUAAAACUGGGAUAUCCUCGAAUGGACAUAAACAAACAAGCUGAAUUGGUUCCUUGUAUUUUAAACGCCAUCGAGGGAAAGCCCUUGUCUCAUCAAGAUAGCUUGCUACUUAUUAUAAUGCCAGCAUUGGCCCACAUAAAAGUUCCAAUGGAUCCAGAUAAACGACGAGCUUUUCUUGGUUUACAAGACAAACCAAACGUAGCCAAACAACUAAUUAAUUUUAUGCUCGAUAUGCUGUUAUUGCCCUAUGGGGCAGUGGGAAAUGUAGAAAAUCAACAAUCUGGUCAACCCAUCGACUGGUCUAAAUUUCAAGUUCCUCCUGGCUUAAGUACCUACGCCUUCAAAAGAGUAAUUGGAGAAACUCCACCAACUGCAGAGCAACUCGAACAAACUAAAUUAGGAAUUUUAAAAUUCAUUUGUGCCGGUGUUUUCUCUGACUCGGAUAUACUUAUUCACUUAAUUGUUGCUGCGGCAGAUACAAGAUUCAGCGUUGCGAAUUUGGCUGAUUUAGAGCUAAAGAAAAUUAUUGGUGCACUCGAUUGGUCAUCAAUGCAACUUGCUGCUCCACUCUAUUCUUUAUUUUUGGGAACUGAAGGCUUAGCUACUCAGGAAGUCAAAGAAGAGAUGAAGAGAUUGCCUGCCAGUACUCGAAUUCGUCUCAAACUAUUGUAUUAUCUUUGCCGCGUCACAAAAGCAGGGUUUAUCAUUCCUCCCUGCAUUCAGGUUGUAUUUGACUCUCUUUAUGGAAGUAACACCAAUCCGAAACUGAAAUCCUUGGCGUUACAAUUCACUUCCAACAUCGUUCAACAAUGUAAUUCUGCUUCUCUGGUGCGAGUAGCGGCUGUUAUUUUGAAUGGAAUAUUGAAAUUAAUUUCGGAAGAAGAAGCAGUUCAUAAACCAAUGGCUUACACGAUUGUUGGCCAACUAGGACAACGAAUUCCCGCUUUGAUAAACAAGGAUUUUAGUCUACUCGAAAAGUUCUUUAACACUCUUGCAGCUACGGAUGGUGACUUGAGACACACAGUCCGAAAUGCUUUGAUUAGUAUGUCGUCUGCAUUUAAACUAACCAAGGAAGAUGAAAUUGCCAUGAUGAAUGCUCUGCUAUCCUCUCAUAUAGAAUCGCCAGAAUCACAUGUUAGAUUUGUUGCGGUACAUUAUGCAUCAACUGUUUUCCCAGAAGACGACGCUGCUUCUCGUUAUUUGCUUCUCCUCGCUUGUGGCGAUACGACCCAGGAAGUGAGCUUGGAAGCCCUCAAAGCUUUAUAUGGGACCGCCUAUAAAAAUGAGAGAGAUAAGCAGAAUAAAGAAAUUCCUCUGCCAGAGUUUACGAAGCUAAUAUCGUAUGUGCAUUUGAAAUCUCAGGCGAAGAUAAACGGUCCUAAUUCGGGAAAGAAAGACUCUGCAAUUAAAAGUUUGCCUUAUAACAAUGCUGCUUUUACAGAGAUCGUUCUUUAUUUGCGACUUUGCCUCGCUAAGAGUGCAAAUAUUUCCGCUCAGGGUGAACAGAUUCAACAUCCAUGCGAGUACAGUCCUUUGGUUGGUCGUUACCUGGAAACUUUGCUGAAAGAGCAACCUGAAAUUUUGAAUAACUACCUCAGUUUUCUUAAUAUUCGAAUCGGCCAUGCUAAGGAUGCUGAUGAAGUUUCCUUGAGUGCACUGCUGGAAGUUUUGGGUACGAUGUCGCCAGAAAUAUCGAAACGUUACGAGAGGGAGUUGCCCUGGUUCAGAAAAUUGAUGACAUCCACCAAGGAGAAUAUUCGGGAACUAAGUGCCAAGAUUUAUGCCUUAAUUGUUACCCACUUGCCUUUCAAUGAAUUCGAAAGUCAGGCGGCAGAAAUUGUGACGUCUGUUAAAAAUAAAAUUGUGGAUAUUCAGCAUGGUGCUUUGCUGGCAUUGUCUUACAUGAUGGAGCAAAAAUUGGUAUCUUUGAAGCACGAAAAUCCAGCGGAGAUACUUAAAUUGAAGGUUUACUCUACUGCAGUGGAGAUUACGUGUGCAUGUUUGAAUGAAAAUAAUCCUCUACUCUUAACUGCUGCCACACAGGGAAUUGGAAUCAUGGGAAAAACCUUUUCUCUCCCAUUACCAGACAAUAGUGAUACAGGUUUUAGCAAAAUGGGAAUCGUAGACAAAUUAUUUUCUACCCUCACGAGUCCUAAAAUGAAUACUAAGAUGAAGGAAACAGCUGCCCUCUCAUUAGGAUUUUUAUGCGUUGGGGAAGAGUUCCCUCACACCAAAUCUAUAGCUGAGAAGUUAAUUUCGAUGGCAAAAGAUACUAAAGAUGUGGAAAUUCAUCUGACAUUGGGAGAAUCUUUGGUGUGCUGCGUUCAAGGUAAAUCAUCUUUGGAAGGAAGAAAUGCUUGGAAAGUUCUUCCCAGCGAACACCAGGUUCCAUAUAGCAAAGAAAGUGACGAGCUCUUAGUUUUGGUUCUUAACAAAUUGUUUCAAAAUGUUAGAGAACCUCAUCCUAACUUAAGACAGGCUGUGUGCAUUAGUUUACUUUCGUUAUUGAAACACAAUCCGGACCGUCCCUACAUAAAAGAGAAUCUCGCAAUAAUUCAGAACUCAUUUAUGGAUCUUCUUUCUGAAAGCAAUGAAUUUGUACAGGACGCGGCAUCAAAGGGACUGUACCUCGUUUAUAAUUCGAGUGGAGAAAAUAAUCGUGAAUCGUUAGUGUCGAAUUUAUUAGAUCAGUUUGUCCAUGGUCGAAGAGAUGGAAUAAAAGUCACGUCCGAUACAGUUUUGUUCGAAGAUAACGAAAUGGGAAAGAGUCCUUUAGGGGGAAAUUUGUCGACUUAUCGUGAGAUUUGUUCUCUCGCCUCAGACCUGAACAAUCCAAAGUUGAUGUAUCAAUUUUUGCAUUUGGCUAAUCACAACGCUGUCUGGACAUCGAAGAAAGGAGCUGCCUAUGGAUUUUCGGCAUUCGCGACUCUUGACAGUGCAGAGUUAAAAAAAUAUCUACCGAUUAUUGUACCCAAGUUGUACAGGUAUCAGUUCGAUCCGACUCCCAAAACUCAACAGAGCAUGGCCAGCAUUUGGCGCGCGAUCGUGCCUUCGACAAACAAAGCCAUUGAGGAAUACCACAAAGAAAUUCUGGAAGACCUUAGCAUCAAUUUGACAGAUAGCCAAUGGCGAGUGCGCAAAAGUUGUUGUCAUGCUUUGGCAGAAUUACUUCGAUCGAGUGCCCCAAUAAAUUUGACUGAUAAAGCUCCUGAAUUGUGGAAACAACUUUUCCGUGUAAUGGACGAUAUUCACGAGGCCACGAGAUUAGCUGCUGCUAAUACAGCGAAGAUUUUCAGCCACUAUUGUAUACGUCGAUGUGAUGCUUCUCACGGAAAAGCAGGAGAAGAAGUCCUGCAGGCAGUGCUGCCAGUUUUGAUAGAUGUUGGAAUAAUUCACAAUGUGAGUUCAGUACGAACAAUUUCAUUGCAAACUGUGUCCCAACUAGUGACAGCUGCUGGUAGUUUGCUAAAACCUUCUCUAGUCAAUUUAAUACCUGCAUUAUUAAACGCCACUGGAGAACUGGACAGUCCUGGUCUCACCUAUUUCCGAAAUGCAUAUUGCACUUCGCAAGAGACCCAGGAAGCUUUCGAUAGCAAAAGAGCUAGUGAAGCUAAAAGCCAUUAUUCUACAGAAACUAUUACGAAAUGCAUCCCAUAUAUUGAUGCUGCCAUUUUAAAGGAAUUGAUGCCUAAAGUGAUAGACAUAAUGAGAUCUAGUAUAGGACUCGGAAUUAAGGUCGCUUGUUCACACUUUAUUAUUCUCACGACUGCGCAUUUGAAAACAGAGUUACAACAAUAUGCUGGCAAAAUUUUGACAACUCUAUUGAAUGGUCUCACUGAUCGGAACGCAGCAGUGAGAAAAAAUAAUGCGAAUACUAUUGGCCACGUUGUUGGCUGUGCAAAAGAUUCUAGCGUAGAAAAAUUGUUGAACACCUUAAACAAAUGGUACAUGGAAAGAGAAGACGACUCCAUCAGACUCGCGAUUGGGCAAACUUUGCAAUCGGUAAACAACAAUAAUCAGGAGGUUGUUAAAAAGUAUACAAAAAUCAUACUGCCUUUGACUUUUUUUGCUAUGCAUGCUGAAAAAGUGCCAGGAAACGAGCCCACGAUCGAAGUCUGGACAGAUCUCUGGGGUGAAAUUUCACCUGGAACGGAAACUGGAAUUCGUCAGAAUUUAACACCCAUUUUGGGUAUUUUAAAAUCAGCUUUGGAAUCUGCUUCCUGGACGACAAAAGCUCAAGCUGCGAAUGCCGUUUCCACCGUCGCUACAAAAUUAGGUCCUAGCAUCGAGAAUAGUGCAAGAGAAACUUUAUUGAAUAUUUUAACUAAUGGCUUGACGGGAAGAACUUGGAAUGGAAAGGAGCGCCUUUUAAACGCUCUUGCUUCUCUAGCCUGCAACAGCAAAGAAGCGUUGCGCAAAGACACAAAAUUAGCAGAAGAAGUCGUAGGAAUUUUGUACAAAGAGAGUAAAAAAGAAGCUUUAGAAUACCGUCGACAUGCACUGAAAGCAUUUUCGGACGUGCUGCACGAGUUGGGUAUCAACAGAUUUACUCAGAUUUACAACAUAGCCCAGGAAGUUCUGCCGAAGUUGUCGAGUAAAAACGCCGAUGACGAUGAUGAUGUUUCAAUGUCGGAGAACUCGAAGAAAGUAGAAGAAAAAAUGAAGCUGCAAGAAACUAUUUAUGAGUCGUUGGGUAAAGCCUGGCCUUCUUGUAAGGAAACUCAAGAUAAAUACUGUUUACAGUUCGUAACACACUGCAACGAAACACUUCCUAACAGUACGCGAGUUGUUCAAGUGGCUAUUUUGACAACUUUGAACCUCUUUGUAGACAAACUUAUACUAUUUAAAAUUUCCGCCUCAGAAAAUAAUCCACAAGAUCAAGAAACAUUAAGUACAGUCUGUGAAACUCUGGAAAAAAUACUCAGGCAAUCGAUAAGUAUUUCGAAGUACACGAGGAUAAGGAAGGAGGCCCUCAACAUUAUUUUGUCGCUUGCGAAGAAACUGACUGAUACAAAAAACACGAAACAACUUGAAGACAUAAUUUCCCUCUUCAAAGAAUUUCUGCCAGAGUUGACUAAAGAUAAUCAACCGGAAAUUCGUACGAGGGUUGUUGAUAUUAAAGACAUGUUAAAAAUUUAAUCGAGAGGGAAAAGAGGUUUUUUCAGUUUUUAAUUUCCAUUUCUAAUGUCAUAUGAUACGAAAUCCUAUCGGGAUAUUUACAAGGUUUCUAUCUCAUAAAAUAAUCGAUUCAGAAUCAUGUAGUCAUCCUGAUAUCAUAAUGUGGUGUAUAGUACAAUUUACUUUUUUUUUAAAUACUACAACAAUAAUCUGCACUAUUUUUAAUUAACAUCAUUUCGCAAGUUUUAGGAAAGCAAGCAUUUUCAAUUCUUUACCUAAAAUUAAUCUUUGUUAUCUGUUUAGGCAUAAUUUAUGGUCUUAUUUAUGUAAUCUUAAUAACAUAAAGCGGCAUUAAAG